AAGCCCAACGAGAGUUGUCCUUGGUCUUUGCUUAAAAACCCACCGACAAGAGUCACUUUGCAAAUCCCAGUCCCCACAUUUCAGUUGAGAGGUCUUUGUAUUGUAGUCACCCAGAAGGACCAGGUUCUAAGCUAACCAAAAAUGUCAUCAUCCUUCACCUUCUGACUUAGUAUCCCAUUUUCCUCCACUCCACCAACCAACUUCUCUUCAUAGCUGCUUCUAACAGAAGCUGCCAACCCCACCACCAGAAAGUGCUUUUCUGCAAGACCCCAGUUGGUGAAUCUGUAAGAUUGCUGUUUACUUUGCUCAUUUGCUUGAUGGGUCUUCUCCAAGAGCCCAAAUUUUGCUAAUUCUUGGCUCAAGUUUCAUACUUUGUUGAGGGAUUUUUAAUUUCAUAAUUGGAUUUUCUUCUGGUUUGCUGUAGCAUAUUAUAUGAUUGCAAUUGGGGAACUUUUUCAUCUGGGUUCUUUUACCAAAUGAUGAAGCUGGUGAGGAAUGUUAAUUGGGAUUGGUUUGUUCAAUUCAGGCCUUUCUACAAAAGGGUUUUGAAUUUCGGUAAUGAGAUGAUGAAGGGUCAUUGUAAAAUCUUGGUUUUUCAAACUUACAAUGGAUUAGUUGCAAUUGGCUCAUUGGUGUUCUUUGUUGUUGCAAUGUCUUGUGCCUUUUUGUAUUUGUUUCCCAGUGUUCCCCCAGUGGUUAAUAGUUACCCGGUUUCGAAUUCCAGUAGUAGUGCAACUGAUAAAUGUGAUGUUUUCGAAGGAAGGUGGAUUCAAGAUGAAAGUUACCCUUUGUACAAUGCCUCAGAAUGCCCAUUUACAGAAAUUGGAUUUAAUUGCUUUGCUAAUGGGCGGAAAGACGGGGGUUAUGCCAAGUGGAGGUGGAAGCCAAAGAAUUGUGAUAUUCCUAGGUUUGAUGUGCGUGCGGUUCUUGAAAAACUUCGUGGAAAGAGGAUUGUUUUUGUUGGCGAUUCGUUGAGUAGAACACAGUGGGAGUCUUUGAUAUGUUUACUCAUGACAGGGGUGGAGGAUAAGAAGAGUGUUUAUGAAGUGAAUGGGAAAAAAAUCACUAAGCAGAUUAGAUUCUUAUCGGUACACUUUAGUUCAUUUGACCUCAGAAUUGAUUUCUAUCGGUCAGUUUUCCUAGUACAGCCUGCUUCAGUUCCAAUCCGAUCACCAAAGAGGGUUAAAUCAACUCUCAGAGUUGACAAGUUGGAUGACAUUAGCCAAGAAUGGAUCGAUUCUGAUAUUUUGAUUUUCAAUUCAGGUCACUGGUGGACACCAAGUAAACUUUUUGACAUGGGCUGCUAUUUUCAAGUAGGUAAAUCUCUGAAGCUUGGAAUGCCAAUCACCACGGGGUUCAGGAUAGCUUUAAACACCUGGUCAUCUUGGGUUGAGACCAUGGUCAACACAAAUAGGACAAGUGUAUUCUUCAGGACUUUUGAGUCAUCGCAUUGGAGUGGCCGAAACCAUAAUUCGUGCAAAGUGACUAAACACCCUUGGUCAAGCUCAUGGGGAAAGGACCGAAGCACAAUUUCAGACAUCAUUAUAAAGAUUGUGAAAAAAAUGAAGGUUCCUGUGACAAUUCUACACGUUACACCGAUGUUAUCAUUCCGUAGUGAUGGGCAUGUGGGUACCUGGAGCGAUAAUCCAUCAGUCCCUGAUUGUAGCCAUUGGUGCUUACCUGGCGUACCUGAUAUGUGGAAUGAAAUUCUCUUGAACCUGCUACCCGGGAAUCAGGUUUCCCUUAAAUGAAGUGUAGAGCCGCUAAUAUGCUUCCUUCUUUUGCUGCUUGCAUCAACAAGCUCCUAGUGUCACUCUUCAGCAUCAGAUCGAAAAAGUGAGAGAGAUCCUGGCAUCCUGCCUGUAAGUUGAACUUUGCCUCUCACAAAAUUCUUGUUUGUCGUUUUGUGUAGUAUUGUUUCCCCACGGUCAGUUAGUGAAGAUUAAGAACCACAAUCCAAAUUAAAUGGGGGAGUUGAGAUGAAGCUGCGUUGCUGUAAUAUGUGUUCACGAGGUCUAGCUAGUAGUUACAAGUUAUAACAAGUGUCCAUUUGUGGAAGCAUAUUUUUCCAAAGCGAAAUAGAAGUUUCUACAAUUGGCCAAAAUCUACAAUUGGCCAAAAUCAAUCCGAGUUUGGGGAUGAACUGAUGAAGGAAAGUGUACAAAUUGGUCUGCCAGGCGUCUGACAUGUUUUACGGUAGAUGAGCUUCUUCUUUCAUUGAAUUUUUAGUUGAUGUGCCAGAGGUGGAUUUGCAGUCGUGGCAGCUCCAAGGAGGGCAUGCCUUGCUUAAUCACUUGCAUCUUUUAACACAACUUAUACAUUUUAUUUGAUUGUUGCACACUUCUAUACUUCUGAAGAAGGGCCAAAUACUUCCCAUAAGUAUGUACUGGAAAUAGUUCAAUGUUAUGAUGUUAUCAAAGCCUCCUCAAUUUUUAUGUAUUGAAAGAGUGAGCAGUGGAACGAAAAUUUGUUGUUUAUGAUGGUAUACCACAUGACGUAUCAGAGUAGUGGUCCGAGUUCAAUCUUAUUAUAAUUUGAUGUCGAAAUGAGGAGAGAUUCUCUCUUGCAACCA